UUAGAGGUGAUGUUUUGUGUUUAGGAACAGGAAUUAUGAAUCGCCUAUUGUUAGUAUUGGCGGUAAUUGCUCUUGGGUGCUCCGGCACAGAGGGCGCGCGGCUACGUGGACUUAGAGUAAAAUUCAACAUCGGCCUCCGCCCCGGCACAGACUUUUUCUUCGACGUGCCCCGCACAACUCUUAAUGCUAUCUUCAACGGCUGGAGUGUAACCCAAGGAACAGCUAACAUUCCUAACUCCAACCUCACCUUGUACUGUGCUACAGACCGUAUUCUGUGCGCUUUCUACGACACCACAGACAGAAUCGCUGGUCUUCAAAUUGCUCACGACCAAAGCGAGUUCUCAAAUAACCCUUACGAUUGGGCCACACAAGGUCACUCAUUAUGGACUCCCCCUGUCAGCUUCGGACAAAGGCGCAGAACUUACUGGGUCACCCAGAUUUUCUUCAUUUCCCCGGAAACCGCCGCAAUGGGCGUACCAAUAACUCCCACGAACAACGAAGAAAGUGUUCUGAGAGAGGACGCUCUCUGGGUGACUGGCCUUAACAAAGAGAUUUACAAAAUCUCCGGUGACGAGGAAGACAUCAAAAAUACCAUUUUCACCAAACAAGCCUGCAUCCCAUGGAUGGGUGAACACUACUACUACAACAUGACCGAAACCACUCCCUGUACCGCGGAAGGAAUCUUCCCAUGGUUCCCUCUUGUCGACUCUGGCAAAUUGGAAGGUGUUGGGUACUUAGUUGUUGGCAAAUUGGAUCUUAUUAGCGGCAGACGUGAUUGGUUCGAGCGACCCGGAGAAGGCGCUGUCAAGGCAAUCGUACCCAGGGGACCUCAGUGCCUCUAUGACUUGGCUAGGACCGUCGGAAUUGUUACCAUGCACAUUUACUUCACUGACCAACCUUGGUACAUUGGUUGCCCCCUUUGGUAAAAGGUUAAAUUAUAAGUUAUAAUUAAAUUAUUAAAAUGA